AUGGAGCGCGCCGCCCCCGAGUACUCGCAGUCAGGUUUGCCUUCGCCCCAUCCCAGUGUCGUCGGCGACACGCAGCUCAAGGCCGAACCCGUAGAUCCGGCUUCCGCGACCCAGUACGCGACGCAGCAAGAGGCACGGUCAGCCAGCUAUUCCAACUCGGGCACGCCCACUUCGGAAUACAGCGUGUACCCGACCACCUCCCGGUCUGCCACCUUUCCCGACAUGCAGCGCUCCUACCACCCCGCAAGUAACCCCAACGGGAGCGCAGGCGGUAUGCCGCAAACACCAACAAGUCCGUCUAUGCCUCUAUCAGAUGGGCAAAGCCAUCAGACCCCCCAGCCAGAGCAGGCCAAAUCUGACAGCGCUCUGCCUAUAGAUCCCUCCAUUGCGGGCGCCAGCCCGACCUAUGCGACUCAUAGCCACUACCCCCCAUAUGCGCCCCCCCCGCAAGACAUGUCCCAGGGCUACCAGCCGCACCCGGGCACGCCGGGCCUCUACACACAACCUCGCCCCGACUGGGGCGGCUAUAGCCAGCAACCGGCCGGCCAUAUCACGCCUGGCACCCACAUUUUCCAUCAAGCGCCCCCCGCGACUGCCGCUACUGGCCGCCCUCAUCAGGUAAGUAGUGUGUAUAGCUUCGUCCCUAUUCCGGGCGCACAGCAGCACAAGAGGCCCAGGAGGCGGUACGAGGAGAUUGAGCGCAUGUACAAGUGCGGUCACGAUGGAUGCGAGAAGGCUUAUGGCACAUUGAACCACCUCAACGCCCAUGUGACAAUGCAGUCGCAUGGUGUCAAGCGCACACCUGAACUGUUCAAAGAUAUUCGCCGUGAGUGGAAGGCAAAGAAGAAGGACGAAGAGGCCCGUAAGGCCGCCGCCGCUGAGGAGGAACGCCAACGCCAGGCUGCGGUUGUUGCUCAGAACGGCUCGGCAGACCCGCAAGCUAGCGUGGAUGCUACGCAGCCUGCGACGACGUACUCUGCUCCUGGAACCGUCCAGCUGCCUCCCAUAGGCUACCAGCCGGCCCGCUAUACUGGCCCCCCAACCCCCGGUAUUCCCCAGCAGCAGAUGCCCGAGUACAAUUACAACAACUACUCGCCCGCAUCGCCAUAUGGUCAGUCCAACCAGCAAAUGUACACUCAGCACGCUGGUGGCCAGCCCCCCAGCCACUAA